AAGGAGGUAAAGGAAAUCCGAGAUUUCCCCUCCCAUGAGGAGGAUCCUAUCUAGGUGGCAUCUCUAUGAUACCGGAUAUUCCAGGGUUGACCAGGUAGGUCUACCCUGCUUCUCUAUGGUGGAAGCGCCUUUGGCUGGGGGGCUGCUGCGGUUGUGCGCUUGCGUGAGCCGGGCUGCCCCAGGCCGCCGUCCGAUGCAGUGAGCGGAGCCAGCGGUAGCUGCGGCUCCCGGUGUGAAGAGCAGCGCGCGCUCGCCCCCCCCCCCCCGCCCCCCGGUCUGCUGCGCCGGGGGGGCUCGUGCGCCCCCGCUACCCCCAGCUGCGCCACUGGCAUCCCGGGGGCUGCGGGGCGGCAAAUGGUUGGGCCGGACGAUGCCGGAGCUCAGGGCAGCGCAGCCUUGUUUCCCGCGGGCCGGCAGGAUGAGGCGACGGAGGAGGAGGAGGCGGAGGAGGAGGAAGACGGGGAGUGGGAUGGGAGCCGAAGCCGGAGCUUGAGCGGCGGCUCGGGGCAGGAGCUGCUGCUGCAGCGGUACCUGGCCGGGAAGGUCGGUCCCACGGCGCCUGCGGGGCUGGGCUGUAAGUUCUGCCCGGAGAGACCCCCCAACGGGGCCGCCUGUGUCCUGGGCCCCCACGGGAGAAUGACCAACGGGGACGCCGGCUUCCUGCUGCCGCCGGAGGAGCCGCCUGCUUGGGCCUUGCGGACCGAGCCGGGGCCCGAGGAGGAGGAAGCGAGACUGCCCAAUGGGGGUUUCCCUCACUUUCUCCCCGAUCCCCAGCCGGAGCCGGGGGGCGGCGCGGGCCGGGCGAGCCUGCCGGCGGGGGCCGCCCUCGAGGAGUCUCUGAGGAGUUGCUGCUUGGGGCCCGAUCCGGAGGGUGGCGCGGCAGUCGGUAGCCCCUCGCCGCCGCCGGCCCUCAGCGGAGCUGGGACUGGAAGCCCGACAGAAGCCGCCGCCGGCGUUCGGACUCCCCGGGACUGUAGCGACGGGGCUGCUGCGGCGGGAGCUCUUUUCCCGGCGCCUGUGGGCUUCAUAGACAUUAACCUGAAUUCCCGCAACACCUACGAAGUGAGCCGGCGCCGAAGCGCCCCGGAGCACCAGCCACACGAGGGGACGCCGGCCACCUCCCCGGCCCCUCCCCAGGAGCCGACGGACAAAACCAAGAGAAUCGCUAUCCCUGGCAGCAGCAGCGGCAUCGCCGACUUUAUUACAAGAAACUUUUUCACCAAAAGGACAAAGGAACUCAAACCUGCUCUCCACAGUGCUCCUGGCUGGAAAUUAUUUGGAAAAGUCCCUCCUAGAGAAAACUUUCAAAAAGAUUCCAAAAUAAUUCAGCAGGAUGACAGUUCUGGCAGCGUUACAUCAGUAUCUACUUUCAAUCUGUUAAACACAGGGGAAUAUGAAGCACGAACAGGAAGAACAUGUAAACAUCCACCCCAGGCAACAAGGCGUAAAAAUUUUGAAUUUGAACCACUUUCAACUACUGCUCUUAUUUUGGAAGAUCGACCAUCAAAUCUUCCUGCCAAAUCCAUAGAGGAGGCUUUACGUCACAGACAAGAGUAUGAUGAAAUGGUGGCAGAGGCAAAAAAACGAGAAAUUAAAGAAGCACAUAAAAGGAAACGAAUAAUGAAAGAACGAUUCAAGCAAGAGGAGAAUAUUGCUAGUGCUAUGGUGAUUUGGAUCAAUGAAGUAUUACCUAACUGGGAAGGCAUGCGUACUACCCGAAGAGUUCGAGAAUUGUGGUGGCAGGGGUUACCCCCAAGUGUUCGUGGGAAGGUCUGGAGUCUAGCUAUAGGAAACGAAUUAAAUAUUACUCAUGAACUCUAUGAAAUCUUCUUAUCCAGAGCCAAGGAACGAUGGAAAAGCUUCAGUGAGACAAAUUCAGAGAAUGAUAUAGAAGAUGCAGGUGUGUCUGUUGCUGACCGUGAGGCCAGCCUGGAACUAAUUAAGCUGGAUAUAUCACGCACAUUUCCAUCCUUCUAUAUUUUUCAGAAGGGAGGUCCAUAUCAUGAUCUCUUGCAUAGUGUCUUAGGAGCAUAUACGUGUUACAGACCUGAUGUGGGAUAUGUACAAGGGAUGUCCUUCAUUGCCGCAGUACUCAUUCUCAAUCUGGAAGAGGCAGAUGCUUUCAUUGCCUUUGCAAACCUCCUAAACAAGCCAUGCCAGCUGGCCUUUUUUCGUGUGGAUCACAGCAUGAUGCUGAAAUAUUUUGCAGCGUUUGAAGUUUUCUUUGAAGAAAAUCUCCCAAAACUAUUUCUUCACUUCAAAUCAUAUGGUCUUACUCCAGAUAUAUACUUGAUAGACUGGAUCUUCACACUCUACAGCAAGUCACUACCACUUGAUCUGGCCUGUCGAGUCUGGGAUGUCUUUUGUAGAGAUGGAGAAGAGUUUUUGUUUAGAACAGGACUAGGAAUCCUUCGAUUAUAUGAAGAUAUCCUCCUACAGAUGGACUUCAUUCAUAUAGCACAGUUUCUAACAAAACUGCCUGAAGACAUCACAUCAGAAAAGCUUUUUAGUUGCAUUGCAGCUAUUCAGAUGCAGAAUAGUAACAAAAAAUGGACCCAGGUGUUUGCCUCACUAAUGAAGGACAACAAAGAAGGGGACAAGAACCAUAGUCCAGCACUGAAAAGCUAAUCUCCAUAAUGUAAAGGUCUAUUGACGUAGAAAACCACUUGAUUAAAAGGAGUUAUUACAUCAUUUUUACAUGAAAACCACUAUAAAGAACAGCUUAAGAAACAUGAGGAGAGACAGUAUUUGAGUACAGUGGCAGAAAUUGAUGAAAUCCUCACCCUGUUGCCAGUAUUAAAUAGCUUUUUGUGGGAAGAAUUGUUUUCACAGAAAGCAAAAUACUAAAACUUGUGAAACUGAGAAAUGGGUAAUACAUAUUUAAUAUUUAAAAAGAAUCUGCUUUGCAAUAAAUAUUUGUAAUUUUUGUUGGUACUUACAAAAAUUUAGGCAUACUUUUUUUUUUUUACAAAUACCACAAAGGCACUUUUUUGGGGGAGUGACGAAAAUAUUAAAUAAGGCCCAAGAACUGUUAUCUGAACCAAACACUCUGGUACAAAAUUACCACCACAAUUAACCAGUAAGAAAUUUUGUGGACCAAAUGAGUUGUUUCGGUAUGUUUGUACCAGAUAAUAUAAAGUAUUGGGGUAUGUCUUAUUUAGCUCACUUAAAUUGUAGCUUCAUUCUUCAGUUUAGGCAAAUUUAACUCAGGAACUAUGGAAAUAUUGUGCCCUAUCCUGCUACAAAUGAAGUCAGUAGCAAAAUUCCAGUUGACUUAAAUGGUGGCAAUAUCAGGCCCAUUAUUUGUAGUGUAUUAUAAAGGUGUGUGUACACUGCAAAUUAAGGUAUAAUGGUAGCAUGGGUAGGAAUAUCUGUGCUACAAUUUUUAUUUAGUUAGCAUGGGUAACAGAUGGCUUCAAUCAUUUUGUUUUUUGAAGUGUUGGGUGUGCAGCUUUCUUAAAGGAAAAUUAAAUGGAUAUUCCAUGAACAGUUUGCCACCAACAGUUUAUCUUGCUUACUCGUUACUAAUAAAAGAAAUGGUUCACUCUUAUGCUUGAUGGUAAACACUAAAAACAAUCUUCUGACAAGUCUCUGUUUUCAGGAGCAUUGAUACUAAAAAUUUCAGUCCACACAAAAAUGCUGGAAAAAUAAAAUGCAGACGGAAUAGUUUUUGAAACUUUCUUUUAUGGUGUGCAAUACUAAAAAAUCCAAAAAGCAUACUGUUUGGCAAUACUUUGUUUUUUCUUUUAAUUGUAUGAGAUCUAAGAUCAUAUGGUACAUGUCAGACAAGCAGAUAUUUCCUAGUUUCUAAAAUAUGUAAAACACAAUGUUCGAUCUUGGGGAUUAGAAAUUGAAAACGGAUAAUACUCUAAGUAGCUAACACUUGCUCUUUCAGAGUCCAUUUUUGAUAGUAUUUAAUGUAAAUAAAUUGCUUACUUGUGAUUUUGUAAUUGGUCCCUCUGUGGAAAUGAAGUCAGAUUUAUCAUGACAUAUUUUUAAAUUUGGGAGGUUUUUUCAGUUGUCCAGUGUUAAAAGCAGAGUCUGCAUAACUUGUUCUGGUUAAAGAUUUGAAUUACAGUGUAGUGUAACUUUUUAUGUCACUCUGGUUUAAAACUACAUUUAAAUAUACUACUCAUAACAUACAAUUUAAAGUUAAAAUAUCUGAGAUUUUUUUCUUGUGUGUAUUCACUACUUUAAUUGGAUCCAAUUUUGUCUUUUGUUUUUGAGUUCUGUUGUACAGUUUUCUUACUUUUCAAGUACAAACAUGUAUAUAAAUUGUAAAUAGAAGGGAUCUAGCCUUCAUUUAAGACCACUAGUAACAAUCCUGUGUAAAUAAAACUCAUAAGCAGAACAA